CCUGCUGCUGCCGCGGGCGUACCGGGCGCAGGUCUGGAAUUCCUCCAUGAACAGGGGCUUCGCGAUCGGCACGAACCACUCUUGUGGUGAGAGCAAAUUUCCUGAUGAUCCCGACUUUCGCAUCGUAGGCGGCCGCGAAGCUAACAAGGAUGAAUGGCCAUGGCAGGUGUCGGUGCGUCUGACCCACCCGCAGGCAGGAAAGAUUGGCCACUGGUGUGGAGGCGUUCUGCUUAACAAUCGAUGGAUACUCACAGCCGCCCACUGCAUCGUAAACCCGCUGUUCGUACUCCCGCAGCCGGUGUUCUGGAAGGUCCGGCUGGGCGAGCACCGCCAGAAGCUGACCGAGGGCAGCGAGCUGACGGUGCCGGUGUCGCACGUGUAUCAUUACCCGUGGUACUCUGGCUAUGACCAGGACAUCGCGCUCAUGCGGCUGGCGCACGAGGUGCCGUACAGCGAGCACGUUCAGCCCGUGUGCCUGCCGGAUGCCGACGACGAGUUCCAGGGACUCGUGUGCGCUGCUACUGGAUGGGGAAAGGUCGACUACAAUGCGCGGCCGUCCAACAUUCUUCAGGAGGUGUUUGUGAAGAUCUACGACAACGGUGUCUGCGACGCUGCCUACAGGCGCAAGUUCAAGAUCCCCAUUAAGAAGUGGCACUUGUGCGCCGGAACCCUGAUCGGCGGUCGAGGAACUUGUCACGGAGAUUCUGGAGGUCCCCUGCAGUGCAAGCUGUUUGGUCGCUGGCACUUAACGGGGAUCACAUCGUUCGGCUCUGGCUGCGCCAAGAAAGGCUUCCCGGACGUGUACACGAAGGUGGCACACUACGUGGAUUGGAUCAAGGAAGUCAUGCAGCGCCCCCACUAAACAGUCAUCGAAAGUGCGAUGGACGCCACCCCGCGCGCCGCCAGCACGCGGCACCGAUGACACCUAUGCGUCGUCGUGUGGCUCACAGUGAAUUUGCUGACCGUCAUAGAAGACCAAGCCCUGUGAUGGGGAGUGAAGGGAAAUCUGGGAAUGAGUGAACCCAAUGCUCUUUUCCUCUUGUGUGAUCAACAGGGAUGACAGUAGACUUACACACCUAGUUUCCGCAAUAUGUGAGUGCUGUGCCCUGAGAAUAGUCGAUGUGAGCCCUGCCAUCCUGAGGACGGAUGUGAGUGAGCGAAUCGCUGAUAGUCAGCGACUGAAAGCGUGGCAUGCAAGAGCCUCCGAAUCAUAAGCCACCACCACCUUCUUUAAUAUGCACAAAAAUUAGUUGCGAUAAGUCUUAGAAACCACUUAUCUAUAGGACGUUAGUUUUCAUGCAAGUAUUUAUGACUGAUAGUACUCUUUAUUGGCAGACUGUUUCAGCUUGAAUUCUU